GGAGGGAACUUUCAACACGUGACUACGUGAUGACGUAUAAAGCCGGUGCCGCUUAAGUGAAGUGACCUUCCUUACGUCAGCCACCAGUAACCGCUUGUCGGCUGAGAGGAACAACUUGUACCUACACCCACGAGGUUUUGAGCCGGUAUAGUUUAACCCAAAGCUGAUUAUGGGUGACGCUGAGAAAGGAAAGAAGGUUUUCGUCCAGAAGUGUGCUCAGUGUCACACCGUCGAGCAGGGAGGCAAGCACAAGGUGGGCCCUAACCUCUGGGGUCUGAUGGGGCGUAAGACGGGACAAGCAGCGGGCUUCUCCUACACAGAUGCCAACAAGAGUAAAGGCAUCAUAUGGGGCGAGGACACCCUGAUGGAGUACCUGGAAAACCCCAAGAAGUACAUUCCUGGGACCAAAAUGAUCUUCGCUGGUAUCAAAAAGAAGGGAGAGCGCCAGGACCUGAUUGCUUACCUCAAGUCAGCCACAUCGUGAAAAAAAAAGAGGCAAUCAUCAAAUAAUGGUCUUUUUGUGGUUAUUUUCUCGUCAUUCAUGUUCAAUAGGGUUUUAUGUUUAGUCACCUGUGCAGAAGGUUUGUUUGGCAUGGGGGGGGUCAGCUUUUCAUGCCAAGGAUCAUUUGCCCUAAUUAAAAUGGCACAAGUGACAAAACAUAAAACUAAUGCACUUCCUUUAUUUUUGGAAUCUGUCCUAACAAAUGCUAUUCACAUAGUUUUUAAGUGCUGACCUCAUUUAUUCUGUUCUUCUCGACAACGUUUGACUCUUAACAUGAAACCUAUGAAAUGAAUCGAGUGGAGAUGUUGAUAUCUAGUGCUGAAUUUCAGUUUGCUACCCAGUGUUCAGAUGGAGUCUGAAGGAAACGCUCCACUUAAUUUAAACAACCUUGGAUCUGCACCGACUGAAUCUGGACAAUACCACCCGAAGAGCCCAUCAUGAGCUCUUGUUUUAAAGCCCGUCUCAGAUUACGUUUCAGAAAGGUCAUGCCAACAAUGACACAAAGUGAUCUGCCAUUUCACAGCUAAGAAAUGUGGAGUAUUUAAUAUUUAUUGCUGCCUUUAAAACCACCAAACACACUGAGGUGGACUGAAAUAAAUGGCAUACAGUCAUUAUGUCUAACAGUCUACUGAAAAUAGUGGUGCCAUCUGGACUUCACCUGGUUUCACAGGUUUGAAAACGGUUUUAUUUAUUUUACUGGUAACUGUUUUAAAGACAAUGACUUGGUAGCUUUGUUUUCUGGUUGUGGACAGAACGGUUAAAGGAUCAAUAAAAGGAAAACUUCAAAAGUCAAA